AACUGUAACGUGCUUUCCAAGCUCACUCCUUCAACCCUCUGUCAUCCCUCCAUCUCUCUGUUUCCCUGUAUGUAUAUAUACCUCCAAACCAUAGCCACAAGCUUCAUUAACUUCCAACAUUCACAACUCAAUCAUCUCCUUUUUACUCAAACACUUUCAUCACAACCAAAAAAUCUCAAACCAAUUGAUCCAAGAGAGUUCUUGAAAUGGAUAGACGGCAUUCGUUAGAAAGCGAGGGCGGGGACGUCGGCAUCCAGAUUGAGAAGAAUGUCAUCAACGCGGAGAAUCCGGUGAGGGCGCCGGAGAAGAAGCUGACGCUCUUCGCGCUGAGGCUGGCGGUGUUGGAGAAAGCCGCCACGGGGCUGGGGACCCUGGGGUUCAUAUGGGCCACGGUCGUCCUCCUCGGAGGCUUCGCGAUCACCUUAGCCAAAACCGACUUCUGGUUCAUAACCAUCAUCCUCUUGAUCGAAGGGACCCGGAUCUUCAGCAGGAGCCACGAGCUCGAGUGGCAACACCAGGCCACGUGGUCCCUGACGGACGUCGGGCUCAGCAGCUUCCGCGCUCUGAAAUCCGGGUCCCACUUCGUAGCCCGGGCUUUCAGGGCGAUAAAAAGGGCCACUGCCACCAGCAGCCAGCACGACAAGGUCCUGCCGGUGGUCAAAGAGUGGGACAACGAGAAGAGGGUGCCAACCAGGAGAUGGACAACCUCAGAGGUUCCUCUUGUUCCAUAUGCUCAAUGGCUGUUCAUAUCAAGAAACAUGGGGAAGCUCCUGCAUUGGCUCCAGAUUGCUUCUGCAACCACCUGUUUGGUCCUCUCCCUGGUUAAGCUCAUCAGACAGGACUUCGGGGAGGUGGCGAAGGGAGACACGGACAGGAGGAACCGGAAGUCGGCUCUCAACAUCUUCUAUUCCUUGGCACUGGCAGAGGCUCUGCUCUUCCUCAUGGAGAAGGCUUACUGCGAGUGGAAGAUUUCGAUUGGCAACCUGAUAGAAGAAGUGAACAGGGAGUGCGAACUCGGGCCUCCUGGCGAGGCCUCCGUGAAGCGAUUCUUCUACGACGCGUACUCCAAGUGCGUGUUCGGGAGCGUGUUCGACGGGCUGAAGAUGGACAUGGUCUCGUUCGGGAUGGAGCUGUUGGGUUCCAACUUCCCGGACGAGCAGCUCUCGGGCGCCCGGAUCUUGAAGAAGUUCUCAACCAGCCCCAGGUUCUGGGACGACACGCUCCAGAAGAUUGGAACGAACAUAUCUGUGAUGGAGAGGCUGGUGGAGAUGCUGAACUGGAAGAAUCUGGAAGAUGAAGAGAUCAGGCUUUCCGCCGCCGAGAUCCUGUCGAAGCUCGCCGGAAAGAAACAGAACGCUCUUCGGGUGGCCGGAAUUCCGGGAGCCAUGGAGUCCAUUUCCUCCCUCCUGCAGAUCAUCCGCGACCCGCCGGGCGGGCCGCGGGACGAGAUUUCAGAGAAGAGAAUCGUCUUGGACAGGGAGGAUUACGGGUAUUGGACUUUCAACCAUCUAGGGCUUCUGAUUCUGAAGAAGUUAGCUCGGGAUCAUGAUAAUUGCGGGAAGAUUGCGAACACCAGAGGACUCUUGCCGAAGAUCAUAGACUUCGCGCAGGCGGGGGAGAGGCUGCUGAGGGACGAAUCGGCGGCGCCGACGCAGAUCCUGGCGCUGAAACGGUCCCUGCAAGUUCUCCAGAUGCUGGCGAGCACGACGGGAGCCACCGGGAAGGAUCUGAGGAACGAGAUCUCGGAAGUGGUUUUCACGGUGAGUAACCUCAGAGAUAUACUCAAGUACGGCGGGAGACACUCGACGCUGCAGUUCCUGGGGAUAGACAUCCUGAAGAGCCUCGCGCUUGAGGAGGAGGCGUCGGAGAGGAUCGGAGGGACCGGCGGAGUUCUCAAGGAGCUGAUCCGGAUCUUCUUAAACCCCGCGGCGGGGGAGGAGGAGGACGAGGGCGGAGACGUGCGAUUGACGAGGGAUGACGAGGACCGGAUCCGCGUGAGGAAUGCCGCCGGAGAAGCGCUGGCGAUGUUGGCGCUGGAGAGCGAGAAGAACUGCCGCCGGAUUCUGAGGUUAGGAGCGACGGAAAGGCUCGUCGGAGCUCUGGCUGCUCCGCCACUCCGGGUGAACGCGGCUAGGGUUUUGAGGAACUUGUGUGCCUACAGCAGCGAGGACUCUGAUUGCUUUGCGCCGCUCCAGAGACUCACAGCCGCCGGACCAACUAUUCUGAAAGCAAUCAUGACAGAGGAAAGCAAAUUGCAGGAGGUGAUGCUUGGAUUAGCAGGACAUGUGUUCAUGUUCAUGGAGCCUCAAGAAUCAAGCGCCAUGUUCACAAGAGCAGGGAUUGAAGAAACCCAACUCGCCGAAAAGUUGAUUCGAAUCCUUGAGAGCCAUCCAUGGCCAUCAAUCAAGGUUCCAAGAAUCAGGAGGUUUGCCAUAGAGGUGGCGAUUUGGAUGAUGAGAGACAAGAGAACAAACAUUGAGGUUUUAAGGAACCUGGGAAUGGAGAACCAGAUGGAGUGCAUCACGGAGACCACGUCGGAGAUUGAGAGCUUUCAUGUUUUUUCUGGGUCUGUUGGCAUGAACCGACACACCACAACAAUGGGGUCUUUGGUUGAAACUGCGUUAGAGCUGCUGAGAGAAGACGACCACAAAUAACAUUCUUUUAUCAUGUAACAUCCUUAACAAGUGUAAAUGGUUCUUAUUAAGCCUAUACUCCUGCUGUUUUGGCACUUAUUAUUUGUUGUAACACACACAAUCACAACAUAUUCAAGUGAAAAGUGCACAAUGACGAACAGUGGAGUGUCAUUUUAUAACACCCAACUUCACACAAGAAGAUAGACAGAGAGAGUAACUUACAAUAUUACACAGUAAAAAAUGGUGAAUUUU